AUUGUUCCAAGCAGAACCUGCAUUUAAGAUGAGCAUGCAUUAUGCCUAGGGCGAAAUACCGAUUGCCAGUUGAAAAGCGACAAGAACGACCGUGAAAUGGGAAUUGAAGACAUGGGGUAUCGGCUCAAGGUCACCGCAGGCCCGGAUUAUGAUCCGCAAACUCAUCAGAUCGUGCAAGUCAACGCUGAUAAGACGCUGAGGAUUGAGAAUGAGCAUUCGAUUGUGAGUGCUUGUGUGCGAGUGCAGGACUAUGACGGCUACCCCGACAGCUCUCUACCAACAUCCCCCUACUUCUCCCACCCCCUGCACCAGUCGGACCAAUACAGCAUCAGCUUCAGCAUCAUCUUCAAGAAACCCGCCAACGGCGACGAUGUUGUGUUCGGCAACGACUUCGACUUUCCCAUCCGCGAUAACCUCCCGCCAGGCUUCAGCUAUGCGCUCCAUGUAGUCCGAUGGAUGCUGGACCCCACUAUGGACGGGGAUGUAUAUUCGGACAAACCGCACCUGUACUCGCCGGCACUGGCGACAUGGAAUCAGUUCCGGGUCGGCGAGAAGAUCCAGCGGGAUGAUACCGUGCCGUCGGUUCAUGAUCGGGUUGUCGAGGAGGGGGCUGAUGGGGAUGGAGAUGACAUCCGAUCUGCGCACGGUAUCCCCAGUGAUGUGAAGGGGAGGAGGAAACAUUUUCAGUAUGAGGAAAAUCGGAAGGCGUUUGAAUGGGAGGCUGGGAGGUUGUAUUGGGCGGAUUUUGGGAAUCCAUACUUGGAUUUUCGGAAUUUUUCACUCCGACUUCCCGGGUUCAGUCUUCCUAUUCUUGAUUAUCUGGACGAGAAACAUCGUGAAUUGCGCUACGUUCUGAAGAAUAGGCAAACUGGGGAUGUGUACCUUGUGGUCCUCUUCACGCUGGUUCCGCUGGACACGGAAGACGAGCCUGCUGAGAAAGAGAAUGCUGAGAAGAUGAGCAAGGAGGCCAACGAGAAGAAGCUCCAGGAUGGGGAUAACCUGGGGAAGUACGGAUGGGAGCCAGAGAACGAGGCGCAUUAGCUCUGCACGUUUGUACCGUUCCAUAAGCCUCAGCACGAGAUUCAUGAUAGCCUGCCUCCCCCAAUUUAGCAGCUAAACACCCCGUCAACCCUUCCAACGCAGCAACUCCACCAGACUCCCGGGGGAUCUCCAUCUGAUAAACAAGACAGCGGUGAUCCGUUCCAGAUAACCUUCCAAGAAUUCCUUCCUGGCCUGUUUUCCAACUCCCGGUCCGGGUGCAGACCAGGGUUAAAAGCUUCAUCCGGUAGAUCGGGCGGGAAGGAUAGGUAAAGAGUGGCCUACAAGAGAGAUCAGCCUACAUUGUAGGUCAGUCGGACAUAAUCAUAAGAAAACUACCUUGAUGCAACUCGUCAAAAUCUACACAGUCCUAUGCGCAAGUUGACGGCGCGCCAUCUUCCUGUAAAUGCCAGUGGUGGAGAUCCUCGCCUUCUUCCCCCAUAUGAGCAGUGGUAUUGGGAGCAACAAGACAGCGACGCAAAUGACUGAGAUCAUGAUAUGAAGAUUUCGCAUGCCCAUACCGGCGACCCAUGGAGUGAGCGUAAAGAGAAC